CUUUAUUGUAGUGCUAUAUUGUGCAUGAAUGUGAACUAGUUUUGUACAGAUACGGUAGCUGUCGUGUUCUUGAGAUAAUCGUCCUUCUCUCCCCCUCAAAUUCCCCUUAUUGUCCUCCUCCUCUGUUUCUUUCUUUUUUUAAUAUUUAAUAUACUCAAACAUCUAUUUUAAAAUAUCGCUUUCAUUUUACGCUUACCAAACUAUUAAUCACAGAUGUUAACGAGCUAUGUGGGUUUCCUAAAAUCUUGGUAAAUUUUGAUUGCGUGAAGGGCAUGUUUGGCUCCUGAGAAAAUUAUAAGCAACUCGUUUCUUGGGUCGAGCAUGAUCCUUCUGUAAUUCUCAGAAUUUAUGAUACUUUCGGUUUACUUCUUUGGGAAUGCUGAUGCGGAUGCUUUUACACAGCUAAAGUUGAAUAAAGUUGCUCUGAAAUUGGUGCAAGAUUGAAGGUAAAGAAAAGCGCAAAUAUCUGAAUUUAAUAAUCUCAGCAAAAAGAACAUCGGAUCAGAAGAAGAUCGAAUUGCCACAAAACAAAAGAAAUGGCAACUCAAGUGGAGCCUCCAAAUGGAAUUAGGCCUCGAGGGAAACACUAUUACACAAUGUGGCAAACUGUGUUUGAAGUUGACACAAAAUACAUUCCAAUAAAACCUAUUGGAAGAGGAGCUUAUGGUGUGGUUUGUUCCUCAGUAAAUAGGGAGACUAAUGAGAGAGUUGCAAUCAAGAAGAUCAAUAACGUGUUUUCGAAUAGAAUUGAUGCGCUGAGAACACUAAGAGAAUUGAAGCUUCUGCGGCAUAUAAGGCAUGAGAAUGUGAUUGCUUUGAAGGAUGUGAUGAUGCCCAUUCAUAGAAGCAGUUUCAAGGAUAUUUAUUUGGUUUAUGAGUUGAUGGAUACGGAUCUUAAUCAUAUUAUUAAGUCGUCGCAGCCUUUAUCAAAUGACCAUUGCAAGUAUUUUCUUUUUCAGCUCCUUCGUGGCUUGAAGUAUCUCCAUUCAGCUAACAUUCUCCACCGAGACUUGAAACCUGGGAAUCUCCUUGUGAACGCUAACUGUGAGUUAAAGAUUUGUGACUUUGGACUGGCUAGGACUAGCAGAGACAAUGGGCAGUUUAUGACUGAAUAUGUCGUCACUCGUUGGUAUCGUGCACCAGAGCUUCUUCUUUGCUGUGACAAUUAUGGAACAUCCAUUGACGUCUGGUCUGUUGGAUGUAUCUUUGCAGAAAUCCUUGGACGGAAGCCUCUCUUCCCAGGAACUGAGUGCCUUAACCAGCUUACACUUAUUCUCAAUAUCCUUGGUAGCCAGCCUGAAGCUGAUCUUCAUUUCAUUGAUAACCAAAGGGCUAAAAGAUUCAUCAGAUCACUACCUUUUUCGCGAGGAACUCACUUUUCUUCUCUCUUCCCUCAGGCUGAUCCUUUAGCAAUAGAUUUAUUGCAGCGAAUGCUGGUUUUUGAUCCCUCUAAGAGAAUAACAGUUACAGAAGCUCUCUACCACCCUUACCUAUCAAGUCUUUAUGAUCCAACGUGCAACCUUCCCGCUCAAUUUCCUCUUAAUCUGGAUAUCGAUGAGAAUAUGGCAGAACCAUUGAUUCGGGAGAUGAUGCUGAGAGAAAUCCUUCAUUACCAUCCUGAAGCAGCUUACAUCAACACAUUUUACUAGUAGAAUGGUAAGUACAACUUUUUUGAUUCUGUAUUAUGAAAAACAUACACAGUUAAGUCGUUUUGCGCACUUGGAGUCAUUUGGAGCAGCAAGAUCAUCAAUCUGAGGAUCACUUUAGGUAAUAAUUUGGAGACUUCAUUUCAUCAUCUUUACUUUUAAGAUUAUUACUCCAUCAUGUGAUGAUGGAAAAUGUUUUUUGGUGUGUGUUGAUCUGAGGACUAAAUCAGGCAACCUAUUUAUCCUGUUCAUCUGGACCCUUGGACUAGACUUCUUCUUGUAAGCUGUACAUAAUUUAUGGGCUAAGCUUCCCAUUUUAUUUCCAGCUUGAGUGUAAUUGGCCUUAUUGAUCCA